CCCUCCAUGAAUAACAACAUGACCAUACAUGAAAACAAAUACUUUCGGAAUACAAAUUCCAUCGUUAGAAAUAUGGAAAUUGUGUAUAUUGAAAAUCUUAUGAGCACCAAAAAAUAAUUUAAUAAUUUGUGGAUUAAAAACAGCAUGUUUGACCUUAAAGUUUUGAAUUAAGUAACUUGACAGUUUUGUAAGCCAAUAGUGAAAAACAUGCCUUUCUUUGGGUACCGAAAUUUUCGUCGCUGAAACUUUCGUCUCCAAGAUUUUUUGAAUUUUCGUCUCCGGAAUUUUUAGGCGCAGGGAGGAGUAAAUUUUUUGAUUCAUUCGAAAAUAACACAAAAUCAAUUUGCACAAACGCCUCUCCGAGCCCAUAGGUUUAUGUAGUUUUUUUGAAUGAAUCAAAAAAUUUACUCCUCCCUGCGCCUAAAAACUCCGGAGACGAAAAUUCAAAAAAUCUUGGAGACGAAAGUUUCAGCGACGAAAAUUUCGGUACCCAAAGAAAGGCAUGUUUUUCACUAUUGGCUUACAAAACUGUCAAGUUACUUAAUUCAAAACUUUAAGGUCAAACAUGCUGUUUUUAAUCCACAAAUUAUUGAAUUAUUUUUUGGUGCUCAUAAGAUUUUCAAUAUACACAAUUUCCAUUUUUCUAACGAUGGAAUUUGUAUUCCAAAAGUAUUCGUUUUCAUGUAUGGUCAUGUUGUUAUUCAUGGAGGGUUUCUCCACAAUGAAUUUUAA